AUGGUGAAGUCUGUAUUGCUGCUUAUGCUGCUUCUUCACAUGGCAGGCAAAGUGCGUAGUCUGAAGUGCGCUGGGGAUAAUCCCCUUCAGAUUCCACAUGAGUGGUACCAGCCAGGUGAAAUCCUUAUUGGUGAAAUUGUAAAUCUUAUUGGUUACAUGUCCUACCAAGUUUCCUUCACGAGCACCCAUCUGAGGACUUUUUUCACUUUCCAGUGUAAGGAAAUGAUCUUCCUGAAUACAAAGUUUUACCAGCACAUCCUGGCCUUUGUGUUUGCAAUUGAGGAGAUCAAUCAGAAUCCUAACAUCUUGCCCAAUGUCACCCUUGGAUUCCACAUCUAUGACAACUACUCUGAUAGAAGAUGGAGUUACCAGACCAUUCUUGACCUGCUCUUCCAUUAUGGUGUGUUUUUCCCCAACUUCAACUGUGGCAUUCAGAAAAAUGUGGUAGGAAUCAUUGGAGGACUGAACUCUGAAACAUCCUCAUACAUGGCAGACGUCUUAAGUCUUUACAGGAUCCCACAGAUUUCAUAUGAUGGUUCAUUUCAAUCAACCAUGAAUGAUUCAGCCGAGUUUCCUUCAUUUUAUCGCAUGGUCCCCAAUGGAGCCCUCCAGUAUGUGGGAAUUGUUCAGUUACUUGUGCAUUUCAAAUGGAAAUGGGUUGGGUUUAUCAUUCAUGACGGUGAAGCUGGAGAACAUUUCUUACAGAGAUUAGAGCCAAUGGUUUCUAGGAAUGGCAUCUGUGUAGCGUUCACAAAAAGGGCUCCAAGAAAGAUUCAUGUGGAUACCAUAGAUGACAUGAUGAAUGCUGAAAGUAAUACAGCAGCUAUUCUGGAGAGCAAAGCAACUGCAAUUAUUGUACAUGGAGGAACAACAACCUUUAUGUGGUUGGCAACAAAUAUCUGGUCACCAGUACAAUUGAUCUCCAUAGCAGAUGCUGAACAUAUGGAGAAAACCACUGAAGGGAAAGUGUGGGUUACAACUUCCCAGAUUGAUUUUGCAGUAAUUAAUUUUCAACUAUUUUUUGAUAUACGCAUAUUCCAUGGUGCUCUUUCCUUCUCAAUUCACUCAAAUACAAUCAUCGCAUUCCAAAGAUUUCUUCAGAUGCAGAAACCUUCCUGGAACAAUGAGAAUGGUUUUGUCAAGGACUUCUGGGAACAAGUCUUUGACUGUGAAGUUCCAGAUUCUAUGAAUCCAACAAAUUCUAAGGAAACAUGUACUGGAGAGGAGAAACUGGACAGUCUUCCAGCUACCAUCUUUGAAAUGAGCAUGACUGGCCACAGCUACAGUAUCUAUAAUGCUGUCUAUGCUAUAGCACAUUCCUUGCAUACCAUGUUCUUACACAGAGCCAAGCACACAGCUGUGGAGGAAGAGGACAGUCAGGCUUUUCUAACUGUUAAGCCCUGGCAGCUCCACCCAUUUCUUCAGAGAAUCUCAUUCAACAACAGUGCUGGAGAUGAAAUUAUGUUCAAUGAUCGUGGAGAAUUAGUCGCUGGGUUCGACGUUACCAACUUGGUCACUUUCCCAAAUUAUUCUUACAUCCGAGUCAAAGUUGGAAAGCUGGAUGCUCAGACUCCUCCAGGGAAGGAGCUCACCAUUCACGAGGACAGAAUCGAGUGGCACAGGGAACUCAGUCAGCCUCCCUUCUCUCUGUGCAAUGACAAAUGCUACCCUGGUUACAGCAAGGAAAUGAAGGAGGGAGAGAAAUUCUGCUGUUAUGAUUGUGCUCCUUGUCCACAAGGGAAGAUGUCUAACCAAGAAGACAUGGAUUAUUGCAUCAUUUGCCAAGAGGGUCACUACCCAAACAAGGUCCAAGACGAAUGCAUUCCCAAGAUUCUAAGCUUCCUUUCUUUUGCGGACACAUUGAGCAUAAUUUUAGUUUUUAUGGCUGUGUUCUUUUCUCUGACCACAGCUGUGGUGCUUGCCAUCUUCAUCAAGUACAAAGACACUCCCAUAGUCAAAGCCAACAACCGGAGCCUCACAUAUGUCCUUCUUGUCUCUCUCUUCCUCUGCUUCCUCUGCUCUUUGCUGUUCAUCGGACAGCCUAACCCAGUGACCUGCCUCCUCCGACAAACAAUUUUUGGCAUUGUCUUCACCACUGCUGUAUCUUCUGUGUUGGCCAAAACCAUAAUAGUUGUGGUGGCCUUCAUGGCCUCCAAGCCAGGCAACCUUUUCCGGAAGUGGGUGGGGAAAAGACUGGCAUAUUCUAUUGUUAUUUCCUGCUCCUCUGUUCAAAUGGUCCUUUGUGCUCUUUGGUUAUGUGUUUCUCCUCCUUUCCCAGAUUUGGACAUGCACUCACUGAAUGCAGAAAUUAUAAUGCAGUGUAAUGAAGGGUCGGUCAGCCUGUUUUAUUGUGUCUUGGGCUAUAUGGGCUUCCUGGCCAUUGUCUGCUUUACUGUGGCUUUCCUGGCGAGAAAGUUGCCUGACAGUUUUAAUGAAGCCAAGUUCAUCACUUUCAGCAUGUUGGUCUUCUGCAGUGUUUGGCUUUCCUUCCUGCCAACUUACUUGAGCACAAAAGGGAAAGACAUGGUGGUCGUGGAGAUCUUCUCCAUCUUGGCCUCCAGUGCUGGGUUAUUGGGCUGCAUCUUUUGGCCCAAAUGCUACAUUUUAAUAGUAAGGCCUGAGAUGAACAACAGAGAGCAUUUGAUAAGAAAACAAAUUCUAGUCUCUAAUAAUUAA